UUGACACGUCCAUGUUGUUUUUGAUGUUUUGAUGUUGUCAGUGUAUUUUUUUGCUGUUUUCUGCAAUUUAUGACAACUGACAGCGAUAUGAUGCGAAGGAACAGCAAUCUGCCGAAAGUAAUCGUCGGUGUUGUGCUGUUCUUUGGCCUUGUGUACCUUGUAUAUAGCAUGAACGACUUGUCAGGGCAGCUAAAAAAUACAGAGCGAACUGCUGAGAGAUACAGAAGGGAACAGGAGACGGUAGCUUCCCAGCUUCAAGAUAUGACUCGUCAAAAGCAAGAUCUGAAAGAAAUAUGUGACCAUGAUAAAGAUCAGCUGAAGAAGAGUUUAACAGCCUUACAACAGCAGCAUAAAAUGUUGAAUAGUCAACAUGAAGACUUACAGACGGAGUAUGGCAAGUUGAAGAAUGAGCACGAACAGGAUAACGAGAUGCACAGAAAAGAAGAUGAUGAACGGGACACAGAGUACCGACAGUUUAAACAGGAACGGGAGCUUGAGAUCUCAAACCUUAGAGACAAUCUUGUAAACCUGGAACGAGACAAAAAGGACAUGCAGACUCAGGUGGAUGAAUUGAAGAUCCAGCUACAAAACAGCCUGAAACAAAUAUCGCUUGAUAAGGAAUCCAUAGCAACCCUGCGAGAGGAAGUAGAUCAACAGAAGCUACAAAUCAAGCGAGACCAAGAAACAAUAGGGAAAAAUCAGGGACUUCUGUUAUAUGCCCAGAAUUUGGUUCAGCAAGCUCAUGAAAGACAGAAACUUGUGGAGCAACAAUUUGUUCAAAAUCAACAAAUGGGUGCUGGUAACCAAGGGCAACAAAUUGGUAACCAAGGUCAACAGAUUGGUAACCAAGGGCAACAGGAUGGUUUCCAAGGACUACAAGCUGGUAAUCAAGUGCUUCAAGCUGGUAACCAAAUGGGCCAAGGUCAAGGGCAACUUGGCUUUGGAGCACAGCGAGGUCAAGGAGGAAUUCAAAAUAAUUACGACCAGCAGGAUAAUGUUCAAAAUCUAGGACAGAAGAACAUUGUGCAGGGUGCUAAUUUAGGUCAGGGGUUAGGCGGUCAAAUGCAGGGCCAAGGUCAAGGAUUUCAAGGACAAAUGAACCAAGGUCAAGGCCUUGCUAAUAUUCCAGGAGGGUUCUACAGACAAGGUGCCUUACAAGGAUUAAAUAACAUUGCAGGUGGAAAGGAUACAGCUCCCUCAGAUGCUGCAAAAGAUCUUAAUGAGGCUCAAAAUAUAGAUUCUAUGCUAGAAAGUCUGAAAGACAAGCAUAAACCGAUUGAUUCUGAGUUGUUAGAGGAGCAGCAAAAACAACACCAAAUUGUUCCACCAAAAAAUAAACAUGAAGAGGAGGAUGAUGAUUACCACAGUGCACAGAAAAAUGCUGCUGUAGUCAAUAAGAAUGUAAAUGACGACCAUCAAGUUCACCAAAUAAACAAACCCAACCUGGACGCCAUUGACCCAGGCCGUAUUCAUGGUGUUGGUAACCAUGACAAAGCAGAUGAGGAUGAUGGUGCCGGCGACCAUGACAACCGAAUAGAGAACCAGGGGCCAGUCAAUCUUCAGGUGCAGGAGCCCAGAAUUCCUGCAGUUGUUGACGGCAAGAGCCCAGAACAUGCCCGGGACUCGGGCCAUGAUGACAGUUUGAAGUUCAGACCGCCUGUGCAACAUGUGGACAACCAGAUCCAGCCCCAGCUUGGCCUUGAUGAUGAUCUCGGGGAUAGGAAGGAGGAACAGAUGGAGAUUCCAGCCAGACAUAAUAUACAGGAUCCAAAUGAAGGCCAUAAGCUUGGAGCAAUAGAAGAUGAUGAUGACAAUUAUGACGAUGAUUAUGAUGAUAAAGAUGACGAUAAUAUUGAAGGUGAUGAGGCUGAUGAUCAGUUUAACAGGCGGUAACGGCAAGUUACCAGUGGCACCGGUCAAUAACAAAGAUAGAGGUCGUGUAUGAUGAUCACCAUGGUAACGCUGCAUAGAAUCAUUCUUCAGAUUGGGAUGAGGUUUAUUGUACCAGAAGAAGUCCGAAUAUUGCUCCCAACAAUAGUGUCAUAUCAAACCAGACUGGGCUUUGUUUAUGAUGCAAAGAAUUCAUGAUCCAAAUGUUUGGCUGCCCAUCCACGAUCAAUAAAAUUGACAAUACUAAUAAAUGUGAGUGGGCGAUAUUGAAGACUCAAUUAUCUAUUGAUGAAAUCAGAGAUCGCAAAUAUUUAUAUAACUUUGGGAUAGAAUGGUUUUUGGAGUCAAAAUGUUGAUUAAAAUGAUUGCGCAAUAGGUGGCAAAAAUGAUAUUUCAAUUUUUUUUAGCUAACUUUAUUGUUAUUUGUAUUGAUUCUGGAUGGGCCACUAUUGUCAUGUUUCUAACAUUAUAAGUCUUGAGUGCUUCAUGCUGCAUUUGAAGGACAGUUUUGAUGAAAUAUUUUUUGUAGCUUAUUGAUUUGCUCAUGUUAAUUAUGUGAAUUGCAAUCCUUAUUUAAAACAGAUUUUAUUAUAUUACAUGGAUGUUCCUAUGAAGCAGGUAAAAUGAUAGACUUUUGUCAAUGUUCAUAUUACAUUAAUGUUAUUUUUCAGAAAUUGUGAAUUGUUUAAAUUGUAAACUGUGUUAUUUAUUUUUUUUACCCAAAACUAAUCAAAGACAAGUAGAUAUUAUACCAAACAAUCUGAACUGUGUUUCUGAUAACUUAAGUAAACAAAUUCAGGAAGGAUUAAGCCAUAUUUAAUACUAACAUAAUGUAACAAAUUUAAUAUUAAAGUUUUCAUUGUCAUCAGAACCAAGAAUAAUGUAUUAUCACAACAUUGAUCUGUUAUAUAUUAUAGAGGAAUCAUUUCUUCACUUGCGUUGUAAGUAGUUCAUGUCUGUGAUAAUUUAAGCCAUUCCGUUGAAUCUUGUAUGGAACUAUGUCAUAUUGCCCACGGCAAAUAAAACUAUGUGGGUUGAUCUGUGUACUUAAAUAGGCCACACUUAUUCAAUAGUUUAGUUGGACUUAGCUUUUUUUGUGCAUUUACGAAAAAAUAUAUUUGGUCAAUUUUUCAGAACUUUGUUAAAUUUAAGAAAGUGAUUAACAACAUUGUUUUAGAUGUGAAAUAUUUGAUAAUGUGCUCACAUAUUUAAAUAUAAACAAGUACAGCUGAAACAUGUGUCUCAAGUCUUGUUAAGAAAACACUGCUGAUCACAAUUGUAUCUUAUAAACUUACAAAGCUUAAAUGAUUUGAACGUUAACAAAGAUGACAUUUACAGCGUUGACAUUUACAACGUUGACAUUAACAGCGUUGUUAAUCUUAAGAAAGUUCUGAACAAUUGGCUCAAUGUGAGGUAGAAUGGGGAAACGCAAAACAAAGAGCGAAGCUAUAUAUAAUCUGGUUGUGGGGUUUUUGUGAGGCGGCCAAGGAAGACCAAACAAACUUUUUGAUUAUUGUGGCCUUAUGGUUUUAUUCAUUAUGUAUGAUAAUCGUAAAGCGUUUUAAAGUAUUAUUGUUGCCAAUAUUGAGUUGAUUGUUUAUAUCAUGUUGUUAGUGAAUUGUUUCUUUUUUAUCGAAGUUCAUACAUAUAUGCAUUGUGUUGACAUCUUUAAGACGAGGUUUAUUUAUCGAUUAUUGUAACAAUAGUUGUAUGCUUAAAGGGCCUCAUGGUUUAUACAGUCAGACAUCUUUUUUCAUGUAUAAUGUGAAUAAACUUCUUUAAGAAUGCUAAGUCACCAUCAAUCAAAAUCAUAAAGGAACACUUUUCUUAAGUAUUUGAAAAUAUGACAGAACUUUUUUUUGCAGAAAAGUUUACGGUAAUUAAGUAAUAUCAAAUUUGAUGAUUUUAAGAAAAUUUGAUGAAUUUUAGGCUGUACUUUAAAAAAUUCUGUUCUGACAAUUAGAAUCUGUCAGGUUCUAUUUUAAGAUUGUUCAUAAUAAGAAAAUAAAUUUUAAAAAAUCAAAUUGAACGCAUUUUGGAAAAAAAUGUCGUCAAAUUGGUAGAGUCCCUUUUAAAAAAACAACUUGUAAAACCUUUUUCAUUGAUUGUUUGUGAUUGAAUGCAUACUAAAAAUAAAAAUAUCUGGUCAUAUUAAUUAUUUUCUACAUUGAUAUUAUGUGCUUUAAAAAGUUUGUCUGCAUUGUAACUAUUACAUACUGGUACAUUGGUGAUCAGGCUUUUUUUGUGUGCUCAAGAGUUUUCUUCAGAAGUUAACAUCAUUUGUAUAUAUGGCUUUGUAUUUUUACAUAUUUGUCUAAUUGUAAUUCCAAUUGUAUGUACAUUUAUGAAUGCAGGAGAGGUAGUAACAUAAUAUGAAGCAUACAUUUGUGGAUUGUCAUUCUUUUUUCCAUUGUCCAUUGUAAUCAUUUAGCCUAUCUGAUUUACAAAGAAAGAAAAAUCAAUGAGAUAUUGUUAUAGCCUUGUUUUCAUUGACUAUGAGGUCAUCAUAUGUGAAAGACCUUUUAACCAUGGCCAAAAACAGUUCCAAGAUAUUCAACUGAAACUUGCCACACAUUUCACUAAUGGCGAUACACACAUAUACAGCAAGGUCCAUAACUCUGGCUUAAUGGUUAAUGAGUUAUGCCCCUUAUUUCAACAACACCAGUCGGACAUUGGCACUUGCUCUUUAUGCACUCAUAUUUACAAUAAUGUUUGAAAAAACUGAUGGUUUUGAUUUUGAUAACAUCCUUUUGAUACUUCUACCAAUCAAUUUCUAAAAUAAUUCUUUCUCUUAUUCACAUUUUAAUGGGCAUAUUAUUUUUUUCUAUAUGCAGGGCAUUUUUCUAUGUACAGAUUUUUAUAUCAUUUAAGUGAAUACAGUUGUUGUUGAAAAUGAAUUAUAAUUAAUGUCAGUUGUCACAUACUUCUUGUGCACAUUCUAAAAAAAACCCCUUCUUUUCUAUCUGAUGCAUGCAAAGACAUUGGGUCACAAUCAAUUCUGGACAAUUCUUUGACUGUAUUAUGUAUUUUUCCAACUGAUCUCUUGAAGGGAACAUAUAUAAAUUAUGUAAGAUUUUUUUCUCUAAUUAUCUCUAAAAUCAAGCUUAACUUUCAUUCCAAAAGAGGCUAGCUUUAAGAACGUAUAUUUUGGUUGGUUUUCCUGGGAAUUCACAACACACCAUGUGGUAAAAACAAUGAAAAUUUAAAUUUAGGCAAAAUAGAAAAUCAGUUUAAUAGAAAAUCAGUUUAAUAAAAAAUAGCAUUUAUAAAAAGCUGGUGCUUUUUGAAUUUAAUAUGAUCCUAUAUUUGACUCAUUGUGUUUAAAAUGAGGGUAGGACAAAUCACUUCACACCAGACAUAUUAUUGAGUGAUUAUUUCAGCUUGGUUUCAUUUAUCAAUUGUUGAUGUGAAUGUAUUAGUUCUGUUCUGAGUUUUGUACAUGAAUGACAAUGCGCUUUUAAAAAGCCCUUGUUUCAAUUAUAUAUAUACAUGUAUAUAAAGUAGAUUCUACAUUAUCAUUUGAGUAUAUAACCUGGUUUGUUGCUGUCUGUAAACUUUGCUCGUUUAAAUGUACAUGUUAUUAUAUAGAUCGUCAUAUUGCAGCUGAACGUGUCUCUUUGGUUAUGUAGAUAACUUACUUCCUUUAAAUGUGUUCAAAAAUAACUAAACACAUGUUCAAACAUAACUAAUAAUAUGUUCAAACACAACUAAACACAUUUUCAAUCAUAACUAAACACAAAAUCAAACAUUACUAAACACAUGUGCAAAACAUAACUAAACACAUGUUCAAACAUGACUAAACACAUGUACAUAUGUAUGUACAAUGGUAAACCAAGUUUAUACUUAUUGUUUAUUUUUGCUUAAAUGAACCAUUAAUUUGGCAAGUGUAAACUUUUUGGAUAAGAAUGCCUCUUUAUUUGCAAACAGCUAGAUGUCAUACUUUAUUCAGUCUAACCUCGUUUGCUUGAACUCCCAGGGACCGGCGGAAGUAGCUCGAGCCCCGAAAAUUUGAGCAACGGGGGAAAUCUUACCUUCAAUUUAAAGAAGUUGGUUGUUUACAUCAAGUUCAAGCCAAAGCAAGUUUGAGGCACCUGGGUUCGACUAUAUAUAAUAUAAGGAAAAUUUGGUGAUUAUUUCCGUCAGAGGCUUUCUAAAGUAUUAAAUCAGAAUCCGUCCGGCAAUUUCAUUUGUCAGAGAUGUGAACAUAAACACAAACUUAAGUAUAAAAUUAUAUAUUAUUAAUUUCAAGGUUUUAUUCAGUAUCUUUUGCAGUGAAAAGUCAAAUAAUAUACAGUAUAAUAUGUUACCAUUUCCAUAGUCUGAAAUUCACUGUUUACUAAGGGCUAGCCAUUCCAUGUAAACAUAAAAGCCACGGGGGAAGACACUUUUAAAUUAAACCGCCCUGCAAAAGCAAAUUCACCCCUUGGGCGUCUAAAUUAGCGACAAAGACACCCACCCAUAUACUACGAAAAUUAAUGACAAAGACACCCACCCAUAUACUAUGAAAAUAAUUGCCUUCCCCCUGUGGGUUAUAUAUUUUUCUGGAAUAGCUCUGAAUCUUUCUUGACCAUUUUACUAACAUUUCAUGUGCUGUAUUGUUGAUCUAUGCAUGCUUUAAAUAUACAAUUAUAUAUAAUAACAGAUAUUUGUAUGUACAUAGACCAUUUAUGAUUUUGUUGUGGCAAUUUUAGACAUGAUAAAUAUUAGUAAUUAUAUUAGAGGGACAUUGUUUUGUUACGUUCUCAGUUUAUUGUAUUUAUCUUUUGUCUUGAAUGGAUAAUCUAUCGAAAAUAAAGAGGGAAUGUACUAUGGA